GCCCGCCCCGGGCCCCUCCGGCGGCCUCCAGUGGCCGCGGGAGACGGCGCCGGCGUCCCCCGCCCCCAAUCCCGCGCGCAAGUGCAAGGCUGCCCGCGGCGCGGCGCACGCUCCGCCGCUCACGGCUUCCGCGCAAAACUUCGAGCCUGUCCACGUGAAGUUGUCGCUCGGGUUCAGAGGGGGAAAGAGCUUAGGGAAAAGCGGGGCAGUGGCGACAGCGGUGGCUGUGCGCGCGCUCUCUUUUUCUUUUCUUCCACUUUUUCCCCACCCCUGUCUUAGUCCAGAGUUUUGGCUCCUUUCCUUUCCUCCUCCCCCUCGGAGCCGGCUUCUCCCCCCGCCCCGUUUCUCCCCCACUAGUGUACGCUAUUUGUCGGGGGGUGGCCGAAGGGGAUGUCCUGUUUUCACCAGAGGCACAACGCGAAGGGGAAGCUCCGACAUUGGAAGGAACGAGAGUAAAUACCUAAAUACAGACGCACGGGUCCGCGGCUGGGACAGACACUUGAACUUCAGAUCCGGAGGCGAUCCGGGCUUCAGGGAGAUAGUCCACUUUUUAAUUGAAGGAAGCUGCUUCUAUUUGGGGGUGGCUGGAGAAGUGAGAAAACCACAUGGAAGACUCCCAGGACUUAAAUGAGCAAUCAGUAAAGAAAACGUGCACAGAACCAGACGUUUCAGAAGCUCAGAAUUCCAGGUCUAUGGAAAUGCAGGACCUCGCAAGUCCUCAUCCUCUUGUUGGAAGUGGUGAUACUCCUGGUAGCUCCAAACUGGAGAAGGCUAAUCUCAGCAGCACAUCUGUCACCACAAAUGGAACAGGAGGGGACAACAUGACUGUUUUAAACACUGCAGACUGGUUGCUGAGUUGCAACACCCCCUCUUCUGCAACAAUGUCUCUCCUUGCAGUCAAAACAGAGCCUUUGAACAGCAGUGAAGCGGCAACCACCACUGGAGAUGGAGCCCUUGACACUUUUACUGGGUCAGUAAUAACAAGUAGUGGCUACAGCCCCAGAUCAGCACAUCAAUAUUCCCCACAGCUAUAUCCUUCCAAGCCCUAUCCACACAUUCUUUCUACACCAGCAGCUCAAACGAUGUCUGCCUACGCAGGCCAGACUCAGUAUUCGGGGAUGCAGCAGCCAGCGGUCUACACAGCCUACUCACAGACAGGACAGCCCUACAGCCUGCCCACUUACGAUCUGGGUGUGAUGUUGCCAGGCAUCAAGACGGAGAGUGGACUUUCACAGACCCCAUCCCCGUUACAGAGCGGGUGCCUCAGUUACAGCCCAGGGUUUUCCACCCCACAGCCUGGCCAGACGCCGUAUUCUUACCAGAUGCCAGGUUCUAGUUUUGCACCAUCAUCUACUAUUUAUGCAAAUAAUUCAGUCUCCAAUUCAACAAAUUUUAGUGGUUCACAACAGGAUUACCCAUCCUACACAGCCUUUGGCCAAAACCAGUAUGCACAGUAUUACUCAGCCUCCACAUACGGGGCAUAUAUGACGUCAAAUAACACGGCUGAUGGCACAUCGUCAUCGACCUCAACCUAUCAGUUGCAGGAAUCUCUCCCAGGACUGACCAGCCAACCAGGAGAGUUUGAUACCGUGCAGAGCCCUUCCACACCUAUCAAAGAUCUUGAUGAGAGAACGUGCAGGAGUUCUGGGUCAAAAUCCCGAGGAAGAGGCCGGAAAAACAAUCCCUCCCCACCUCCUGACAGUGACCUGGAGCGUGUGUUUGUCUGGGACUUGGAUGAAACCAUCAUUGUUUUCCACUCACUGCUCACAGGGUCUUAUGCCCAGAAGUAUGGCAAGGAUCCCCCCAUGGCUGUAACCCUGGGACUCCGAAUGGAAGAAAUGAUUUUUAAUCUUGCUGAUACACAUUUAUUUUUUAAUGAUUUAGAGGAAUGUGAUCAAGUUCAUAUAGAUGAUGUUUCCUCUGAUGAUAAUGGGCAGGACUUAAGUACCUACAGUUUUGCAACUGAUGGCUUCCAUGCAGCUGCAAGUAGUGCAAACCUUUGUUUGCCAACAGGUGUAAGAGGAGGGGUUGACUGGAUGAGGAAGUUGGCUUUUCGUUACAGAAGAGUAAAAGAACUAUAUAACACCUACAAGAACAAUGUUGGAGGACUCCUUGGCCCUGCCAAGAGAGAUGCAUGGUUACAGUUAAGGGCAGAGAUCGAAGGUCUCACCGACUCCUGGCUAACAAACGCACUUAAAUCUUUAUCAAUUAUUAGUACUAGGAGUAAUUGCGUAAAUGUCUUGGUCACGACAACCCAACUGAUCCCAGCACUUGCGAAGGUUCUCCUCUAUAGUUUAGGAGGUGCUUUCCCCAUUGAGAAUAUUUACAGUGCAACUAAAAUAGGAAAAGAAAGUUGCUUUGAACGAAUAAUGCAAAGGUUUGGCAGAAAAGUAGUAUAUGUUGUAAUUGGGGAUGGUGUAGAAGAAGAACAGGCAGCAAAAAAGCACAACAUGCCCUUUUGGAGGAUAUCAAGUCACUCAGACCUCUUGGCUCUUCAUCAAGCACUGGAAUUAGAGUAUUUGUAACUGUGUUCUCUAGCUGGAGAUCCAUUUUUUUUUUUUUUAAUUUCAAAGUACACUGAAUUUUUAUGUGUGAUUCAAUGCCUCUGGCUUUACACAUAUAAAUUGUCUUAAAGGAUGAAAUCAUAUUUGGAGUGAAAAUUCCAGAAUGAAGAAUUCAGAUUGCUGAAUGGAGUUAAACUUUAGCGCUACAGAAAGGAAGCUCUAUGGUCUUAUAUUUACAACACUUUAAUGGUUUAAAAAAAAAAAAUCUGUGGAGGUUGCUGGUACACACCGAGUGAGUCCUCACUGGAAUUAACAGCUUUAGCAAAGAAUGCUGACCCUGGCAGAACGCCAACACAGGCUCCGUCCGACAAGGUGGUGUUCAACAACAUUCCUCAAAAUGGGAGAUCUUCUCAGCCCUGAGGUUUGAAUCUGACUUUAGCCUACCUAGCCCAGAAAAUCUGAAUUGGAAUGCACUCAGACUGUAUAAGGACAAUCCUAUCUAGACCUGUAAUUUGUGUAAAUUAUUGAUGAAAAUAAUUUACUGUGACUUUAUUAGCAGCUGACUUUGCAAGUGGAUGCAAUUUUUCUUUCAUUUUUUGGGGAGGGAAGGGGGUGGGCAAUGGGAGUCUCAUAAUGUCUCUUUUUUAAGUUUGGCAAACAGAAUGUUCAUACUGAUGUGUUGUGCCUUAAAGACAAGACAGCGUUUGUGUGUUACGGUGUAACUUUGGUUAAAAUCUCUGUAGAUAAUGAAAAACAAAAACAACAACAAAAAAAAAAACCUUUGUGAUCAUUCUUAAGAUGACCAAAUUUAAAAUUCAAGCUAUCAGAGCUUAAUACUGCAUCACCAAGAAACUGAGUAUUUGUUGCAAUAAGAAAACAAUGAUAAUAAAGGAAAGCUUGUAUUUUAUUUGGGUUCUUAAUAAUUCCAAUAAUUAUAUGAGGCAACUACUUAUGCAUCCAGCCAUAAGCAGAAGGUUUGGGAAAGACUGUGGGACCUUUACUUAGAAAGUGAAAUGUAUGUUGAAGUCUCGAGUACCCCUUUUUACAGUUCUUCUGGAGAAAACUAAGAGCCAUAUUAAAGACUACUUACACUAUUUUGAGUUUGACUUUUUGAUAUGUGUAAGUUGUGUAGAG